AUGUGGGAGGACGUAGGUGGCGCCGCCGCAGCAUUCUUUUCCCAACCAUAAAACGCUUUUAGGGACUGUCUUUUCUGUUGAAUAGACCAGCAAUCUCUCUCUUCUUCGCACGCAUACGAUUAGCAUUCCUUCUCUUCUCAUACGCACACGAAGACCACAGGAUGCACAUCCACACGCACACAAAAGACAUGUAACAAGCACCCCACACACACUUCCUCUCUGUCUCUCUCCUUUUUUUUUUUUUUGUUUUUUGGUUUGGUCUCUUUCUCUCGCUCGUACACAGGCGACUGAUCGGGAAAUGUAGUGAGCAGUGACCCACUCAACCAGAGGAGUCCCGUCUUUUCUGGUUUUCUUCUCUUACACAGUUUCUCUCGUUCUCUCUUUCCCCUGCUCCCUCCGGACCCUCUCAGAUGGCACAGGCUUAGGGUUAGGGUUAGGCUUAACUGCUCAGCCGAGACUCGAGAGAGAGAGAGAGAGAGAGAGCGAGCGAGCAUACAUCCCGUGUUCAAGUUUGUUUUUAGGGUUUCAAUUUUGAUUAUUUAUAUCCUCCUCCUCCUCCUCCUCCUCACCUUCAUUCUCGACCAUUUAUUAAUGAAAUAGUUGAAAUUCUUUCCCAUGGAUGCGGAGAUUCAUUCGCCGAAUCACACCUACAUGGGCCGGAGCUUGGAUGAUCUGAACAACGGUGAUGCUUCCUCCACAGCUUUCAGCGAUUGUAACAGCGACAGAUCGGGUGAGUUUUCCUCGGCCUCUUCGGAGAGCCGACGCCUCUUGGUGGUUUGCGCUUCUGAGAAUUCCAAUCAUCUGAUCCGCCAGCUCGUCUCCGACCUCGAGUCAGGCUCAAUCGAAUUGCAGAGGCGAGCCGCUAUGGAAAUCAGACUUCUCGCCAAGAACAAACAGGAAAAUCGCCUCAAGAUUGCUCAAGCCGGCGCCAUCAGACCACUCGUCUCUCUCAUAUCCUCUCAGGACCCACAGCUUCAAGAGUACGGUGUGACCGCGAUUCUUAACCUGUCCUUAUGCGACGAGAAUAAAGACCUGAUCAUGGCCUCGGGAGCGAUUAAGCCACUCGUGAGAGCACUUAAGACCGGAACGCCCACCGCCAAGGAGAACGCCGCUUGUGCUCUGCUACGCCUCUCCCAGGUAGAGGAGAACAAGACCGCAAUAGGGCGGUCGGGGGCCAUCCCGCUGCUGGUUUACUUACUGGAGAACGGCAGUGUCCGCGGGAAGAAGGACGCAAUGACAGCCCUGUAUUCUCUCUGUUCCGCCAAGGAGAACAAGAUAAGAGCCGUCCAAUCAGGGAUCAUGAAGAUCCUGGUGGAAUUAAUGGCGGAUUUGGGGUCGGGCAUGGUUGAUAAAGCGGCUUUCGUGUUGUCCACACUUGUGUCGAUACCGGAGGCCAAAACUGCUUUGGUUGAUGAAGGCGGUAUCCCUGUACUUGUAGAGAUCGUGGAGGUGGGAUCGCAGAGGCAGAAGGAGAUUGCGGCUACCAUCCUCUUGCAGAUAUGCGAGGAUAGCUUGCCCUAUCGUACUAUGAUUGCCCGUGAAGGUGCGAUACCGCCUUUAAUUGCUCUGUCACAGGCAGGCACAACCAGGGCUAAACAGAAGGCGGAGGCACUCAUUGAUCUUCUGCGGCAACCGAAACCCGGCAACAAUGCGGCUUCGCCAUCUUAUUCACAUAUGUCAGAUUAGUUAGUGUUUUUGGUUUUUUUACCCACAAGCCCCAACCACUCUUUAACGGGAGAAGAAGGGUAAAGAUGGAGAACGGGAGGAAGAAGGAAGUGAAGAAGAGAAAAGAAGUCUCUUUAUUUGUGAUUUAUGGGUGUGAUUGGUAGGGCAGCUUUGAGACGAGGUGGUUUCUGUUAUAGCAGUGUAAUAAUUUGCAAGUGAGUAAUAGCCAAACUAUUUGGAAGAGAGAUUGAUUUUGUAAUAAUCUCCUCCAUUGGUAAUCAUGUAAAAAUGACUAGUAGCCGAAAGAGUACUGAGUAGUGAGUGGAGUAUAAAAGGGCAGCUUGAAAAUUGGUUCA